AUGAAGAAAGAGCCUCAUCAGUUACACCUUCAGUCCAGCAACCACCAAAGCAAUCACUUGUGGAGCAGUGAUUGGAGCGUAAAGGGCGACACCUUGCGGUCCCUGACAAAACCCCCUGGGCUUGCUUGGCUAGAUGGCGUGACGGGCAAGUCCAUGGUCUGGGACCUGUUUGGUCGCCAUGACAGUGGCAGUUGCCAUUUCACUUGGAGUUUUUGGCAGGAACGAUUGGAGCCAAUUCCUGGUCCGUCUACGCCAAAGCUGGCACGCUGUGUUGGUGUGGAUGGGGUUGUCCAAUUUCCUGGGGCCGUCCAAGACUUGGCUGAGACAUUCUCCCAGUUUGACGCUGAUCGUUGGUCGCAAAUCCACACGCUUGUUCCUGUCAAGGACACACAGGCUUGCACGGAUGCGGUUCAUAUUGGAUUGGAACAAUCAUUGAGCGCUAGCCAGAAGCGCGUUGAGGAACUGCGUAUGGACAAUCAGCGGAUGGAGGACGAGGCUGCUGGCUUGGAGCAGCAUCAGGCUGUUGUCCAGGAGAGGAUGCGGUUGGAUCCUGCUUUUUUGGAUGGAGCCGGAUCAAUGGCGACUGCUGCUACGGCACAGGCAAAGGAUGCUUUCUCGUUGGCUGUCUCUGCAAGCAAAGUGAAGAUAUUUCAAGUCCGUGGAAGUGGCGGGAUCCAGUUGGGUGUUGGUCCGGAUUCCAAACUGAUGAAGACGUGGCUUAAGGAAGUAAAGGUUAUGGCUGGCGUUGCGGAUGAGCGAAAGCAAGAGGGAGAGUCUCGUGUGGCUUUGAAGGCAGUUUUGGACGCUGUCAUGUCAAGUCCCUUAGUUGGAUGUGUUCCUCAUCCUUUGGUUUCUUCUGUUAUGGAUGUUGAGGAGGAUGACGGGGAUGUGAUGUUGUGCAGUUCUCAGGGUGUUCAAAAGGCUAUGUCCAACGUCUUUUUUGGUGGUUCUGCCGGAGAAUGGAUGUUUAAACCAGAAAAGAGAGCUGAAUAUAUAAAGGAUAUCUGUGUGAGAAUGGGUAUUACUGAGAUAAAUUUUCAAUGCAUUCGGGGCAUGAGAUUGCCUGUUCCUGCCUGUGCUGUCCAAAGUGUCGCGUAUUGGAACAAUUAUUUUGGAUCGUGUGAAGAGGAGAGGAUGGGGCUUGAGGGAAAGCCAAAGGUGUUAGUGUUUGGUACAUCCCUUGUUGCCGUUUGGUUCUUGUGCAGGCCAGAUCAGGCAUAUUUGACCCGUGUUGGAGUUACUUCUGAUGUUCCGCCGGCUUACAAUUUCAGUCACUUGACACAGGGGAUGCCAUAUGAUGUUUAUCAGUACGGUGUGAGUGGCCUGAGUGCUGUAGUGGGGUCACAGAAGAGCAGAUGGUCUCCGGAGGAAAUUUGUUGGCGUGUCUACCGCGACCUGUGGUUGCAUGAAAAUUUCCGAUUCACCCAUUUGCUGGUGCGUGUGGGUACAAAUGAUAUAAAACAUUUGUGCAAUGCAACAGGAGGUGCAAAGUUCACGACAGUUGUGGAAAUAGGAAGCAAAGCUAGAGGCGGCAAUGAUUGUGCAAAAGGCAUUGCUGAUGAAGAUGUUGGUGAGGUGUUGAAGGAUACAUCUCUAUGUCCUGGAGAGGGCCCUAUGAGGUUGGAUGAUGGGACAGCAGUUGAGGGCAAGUCUCCUUUGUCCAGUCAUCAGCAUGUUGUUUGGCAGGUGUAUCGCCCUUGCCUUUAUGAUGCUGUUGGCAGGGUGUCUUUUGGUGGUCAAGGGAUUAAGGAGAAUCCUUUUGACAAGUUGAUUUUGCUUAGAUGUGUGGGUAUCUUGGAUGGAGGAUACUGUGAGACAUUUGCAAUGGAUACUUUGGCGUCCACUGGUCGUCAGCGUGGAAAGGAUGGACAUUUUAUAACCAGAGAUGUUGUUGUUAUCAAGGAGACAGGAGUCGAGAAGGUGGUUGCUGUUGUACACUGGGCUUUGUACUGGGUAGUUGGGAAGGGUGGUCGUCAGUUGGUGAAGGACAGUGAAGUGACGGCUAAGUAA